CAAGGAAGAGGCAAUGGCGAAAAUAGGGAUUACAACAUACCUGAUGCUAGUGAUGUGCACAAGCAUGAUUUUCUCCACUGCCCCGGCGCAAUGCCAAGGCGACUUCCAAGGUCUCAUCCAGCAAUGCUCCAGAUUCGUCCAGCAACCGGGCCCUCAACAGGCCCCGUCUCAGGGCUGCUGCUGCAACAUCAUUAGGAACGUCGAUCUGCCAUGCGUCUGCCAGCAUGUCAAUAGCCAAGUUGAGAAGAUAUUCAGCAUGCAAAAGGCAGCUUUUGUUUCUGCAUCGUGUGGCAAGCCACUAGCUCGUGGAACCAAAUGUGGAACCUAUACUGUUCCAUAAGAAAUUGCAACUAUUGAUAGGCUGGAAGAAGAAGCGCUGCCCUUUGAUAUUUAUAAUAAAGCAGAGUUAUUUGUUUUAGUUUUAUGUAAUAAGGGUUUGUUCAAAAUUCUAUAUAUACUGAAAUUUUAUCCACAAACUAAAGAUGUUUGAGCUUAAUUUUGUGGCUCUUUGGGUGGAGAAAUUCCCAUUAUAGAUCCUCUGUUAAGGACUGUCCUCCUUAACGUCGAUUUCCACACAAAAUCAAGAAACGAGAUGUCGUCGUU